ACCACAACCACCACCUCUCCUCCUCCUCCCCCCUCGACUCUUCCAUUGUCCCGAGGGAUUAAGUGCCGCAUGUGGCUUGGCUGGCGUGCACUGUACUGUGGUUCAGCAACUCUAGGAACAAAUCGAGAAUUAUCGGCAUUUUGUGUGUGUCUUUCCAGUCGGUUACCACACACACACACGUGCGGAGUGGGGAGCAUUGUCUGCGGACGCACGUAAGGGAAGAGGGGACUGGAUUUUUUUUAAGCUUCCUGCCUUUUUUUUACAUCUUCUCUUGUGGUUCUCUCGUGCGUGCGCGUGUUUGCAAAGGCUGUUUAAAAAAAAAAGUUUAAAGAAAGGUCAUCAUCGUCAUCAUAAUACACGAGCCGUGCUUGGUGGUGGAGCAAACACGUGCUUGAGCUCUUGGGAAGACGAGCGAGGGCUGCGUGUCGUCCCACCACUCGCGGCUCAAUGAGUUGCGCAUUGAGGACUGGCAAACUCGUGAAAAGCGACUGGGUUUGAGCCACUGCGCUAGUUUGCAACCAGCAGCAGCAGCAGCAUAUGUAACCAUCGGCGUUGCCAAUAUCGGAGCGAAGGAGCGCCAGCAACUUCAUCAUUAGCAGCAGCAGCAGCACCAGGUGCUACUUCGCGCUCGUCGCCAGCUCCACUACACGAGGAUUAGCAGCAGCAGCGGCAGCAUCAUCAUCGUCGGCACCCGUCAGCAGAAACUUCUUGAGUAGCACAGAGAGUUACCGCCGCAACCAGGAACUUCGCCAUCAUCGGUGGUUACCAUCAAGUCGCCGAUACAAAGAAGGCACCACUGACAAUCGGGAGCGUUACCGUUAGCGCACUCGAAGUAGCAGCAGCAGCAGAUCGUCAGCGUCGUAACCAUCAUCACGAUCGACGGCACCACAAGCGUUCGUCAUCAUCAUCAGUAGCGGCACCAGCAGCAGUAGCAGUAACGUCAUCAACAGGUCCCAUCAUCAUCAGCAUCACCACCAACCAUGCCGGGAAUCAUCGCCCGCUGCUGCUGCUGCUGCACCCUGCUCGCCUUGGCGGCCGCCGUCUUCACGGCCGAGAACGAGAUCCACUCGAGUUUCCUGCAGAGGCGCCUGCGUGGCCAGGAGAAAAAGGAGAUUCAACGGGAGAUCCUCUCCAUCCUGGGGCUGCCGCACCGCCCGAGGCCCCAGCAGUACGGCAAACUCGCCGCGGCCCCCAUCUUCAUGCUGGACCUGUACAACGCACUGGCGGUGGAGCAGGGUGGAGGCGGUGUGGCCGAGGGAGCUCACGGCGGCGUCCAGCCGGUGCUGCUCCCCACGCAGACGCCACCGCUCGUCAGCCUACAGGAGAGCAGCACCUUCCUCAAUGAUGCCGACAUGGUCAUGAGCUUCGUCAACCUCGUGGAGCGAGACAAGGAGUUCCCGCACCUGCGCUGGCACUACAAGGAGUUCAAGUUCGAUCUGUCGCGCAUCCCCGAUGGCGAGGCCGUCACGGCCGCCGAGUUCCGCAUCUACAAGGACUUUGCGGAGCGGCGCUACGAGAAUGAGACCUUCCUCAUCAGCAUCUACCAGGUGCUCCGGGAGCACCCGGACAGGGACCCCGACCUGUCGCUCCUCGACAGCCGCGUCAUCUGGGCGGUGGAGGAGGGCUGGCUCGUCUUUGACAUCACGGCGACGAGCAACCUGUGGGUGGAGAAGCCGCAGCACAACCUGGGCCUGCAGCUGUGCGUCGAGACAGCCGUCGGGCAGAGCAUUAACCCCUCGCUGGCGGGGCUGGUGGGGCGCAUGGGCCCCCAGAACAAGCAGCCUUUCACCGUCGCCUUCUUCAAGGAGAACGAGGUCCAUGUGCGUGUGGCCCGGGCCGCCACGGGCAAGCGACGCAACCAGAACAAGAACAAGAACGGCGGGCAGCAGAGCCAGGACGCGGCGCGGCUCGCCAACAUGCCAGAGUACGGCUCCAGUGAUGCGCGCCAGGCCUGCAAGAAGCACGAACUCUACGUCAGCUUCCGCGACCUCGGCUGGCAGGACUGGAUCAUCGCGCCCGAGGGCUACGCGGCGUUCUACUGCGACGGGGAGUGCUCCUUCCCGCUCAACGCCCACAUGAACGCCACCAACCACGCCAUCGUGCAGACACUGGUUCACCUGAUGAACCCCGAGUUCGUGCCCAAACCUUGCUGCUCCCCGACCAAACUCAACGCCAUCUCCGUGCUGUAUUUUGACGACAGCUCCAACGUCAUCCUCAAGAAAUACCGCAACAUGGUCGUGCGCGCGUGCGGCUGCCACUGAAGCCCCACGGACCGAUGUCCACUGCUCUUCGUCUCCAGCUCUCGACAGGAGAACAGCUGCAGAUUCCUAGAAAUUGACCCACAUUCUCUUUUGAAAUAUAAAAUAAACUUGCCGCCAAUCAACCGGGCAGGCGCAGGUUUGAUGUUCCACUGGCGAGGCAGUUGCCAAGAGAAAGCCGAUGUUUGCCGAUAUUCGGUGCGAAUCUCAAACCAAACAUCAGUGUUUCCGACUCCCGGUCAGGGUCGGAUUUGGCGAAGGAGGCUGAAAUGGGACAUUUUUAUACGGCCAAAACCCUCUAGAGGGGCCCACAACAAUUUUGUCUUACACAUUUUUUUUAAUGAAGAACAAUGUAACUGUUUAUUCAUAUUAUCGUUGUAAUAUGAACAAUACGAACUGCGUAUGGGAGUGUGUGCCAGAAGCGAGGGUUGGGGGUUUUGUGUGUGCACAUGUGCGUGUGUAUGUGUGUACAUAAGGGGGAGGAUGAGAGGGCGGGGGGGGCGGUGCAUUCUCUGCUCUGUUGUCCUGGGACAUAGUUACCCGAAUCCAUCCCAGGCCUCUCGUCGGCUUUACCGUCACGGAGUUGAUCGUCCCCCCCAUUGGUCGGACACGCCACGUGCAUCGUCCCGUGUGUGCAGAGAGACCGCGUAGUCACCGAAGGUUUUUUGUGGUUGUGCUCCCCGAUGUGUUUUGGGGUUGUACCGCGUCACGUUUUUGCACGAUGUGUCGGAUGUUUUUUUGUUUGCUCCACGUGCUGGGAGCUUCCUAAGAAACUCGAGUCGGACGCUCCCCGGCUCGUGCCCAACAAGACGCCGUGCGACCGGAAAAAACUCUGCGCAGAAGCCUUGGCAACGCCUCUCUCCAAUCGCCGAUUGGUCGUCAAACCGGCAAAUUCGUGGGGAAAGACGCUGACAGAACACUUGAUGGCCAAAAGUUCCUCAAAUAAAAACGUCAUUUAUUUGAAUUAAAAUUGGUGUUUUUUUUACUGAAAAUUCAUAAUCAUGUUGACGUGUAAAUGAGCCUACUUAGGGAAGGUUAUUUUUUUUACGAGCCGUGCGCCAGACCACAACCUGACGCUCGUGAAUGGCAUCUGUGGGCUGUGCAAGCAGGGGAGCAAUUGAAUGGUAAAAAAGUUGUAAAUUUCUUGAUGGCUGUUUUCUUGCAAACCUUCGCCUUCCUGGUUUACAUUCACCGAUAGAAAAAAACUGCCGAAUCUGCAAUCAUAUUCAGCGGUACUGUGGGAAACAUUUCAGAAUCGAAAUUUCAUUUAAAAAAACUUUACAUUUUCACGAGCGUAAAACACGAUAAGGGUAUAUAGUCUGCAACGUUAAUGACAAAGUGUUUGCAUUCUGUUCCAUUUGCAGUGGUGGGGCAGCUAUCCGACUGUGAGGUGAUGUCUGUUCUGUUUUAUUCAUUACUCAUGAAUGGAUAAUUAUGAAUGGAUUAUUAUCGAAGUGGCCCAAGACCAUUCUGACCGCUUUGCAUGAACCUGGCGACCCGAGUUUGAUUCCUGGCCACGUCUUAUCAUCAGUGUCAAACUGGUUCAGGCCGCCCCCUCCACCAACGAGAAUUGAAGGAUGCCCAUUACCGAUAUGGAGUGGGGAGGCCUUCAUCCAGCAGUGGAUUUACGAACGGCUGUAAGUUAUUACUAUGAAGAAAUAUAUAUAUAGAACCUCCUGUUUUCGUGUUAUGCAGUUUUGCGGCGUGUGGUUGGUAAAGCGUAGAGCAGACAGCAUUGUCAUUCAACAGGAAAAUGCCUCGCCACUCUAUUUCAUAGCCUGAAUAUUUGUUUUAGUAAUAUUGUAAAACCACUAACUGUAAAUCAGCAUACUCAUUCCUGGUCACUUGCAUUUUGACUGUGUACACUAUUGUAUAUAGCAAACACAAUAUAAUUUAUUUUACCAGUCUUUUUCCAUCAAUAUAACAUAUUUCGCCAGUUUGUGUAAUAAAACGAUACAAUAUGAAAUUCGGGAUUCU